UUUCCAGCUGGUGAAGUGUAGCUAUUAGCUCACACAGCUAGGUGGCUAACAGCCGAGCGACCGGACACACCAGCGACAGCUAGCUGAGGCUAUGUCUACUACAUGUGUCAUGUCACUGUAGUUGUGUAGUUUCCUGUAGUUGUGUAGUUUCCUGUAGUUGUGUAUUAUGGCUUCUUCUCUGGUCAACUCCUCAUUAAUGUCAACGGUCAGACUGUGUGUGUGUAGGAGACUCUGCUCUGCACAGGGUGGCUCUCGGGGGGGUCUGGACCCAGCAGCUCUGCUCAGAAACCUCUCCUGGUGCGAUGGAGCUCGAGGACUUUCCUCCCGCGGGGGCGGAGCCACGGCAGAGCAGCUGACCCUGGAGGACAUCGCCAAACACCUGAGAGAGCGGCAGCACCAGCGCGUGGUGGUGAUGGCCGGCGCUGGGAUCAGCACACCGAGUGGCAUCCCGGAUUUCAGGUCUCCAGGCAGCGGUCUCUAUGACAACCUGCAGCAGUACGACCUGCCCUACGCCGAGGCCAUCUUCGAGAUCGGCUUCUUCCACCAGAACCCUCGUCCCUUCUUCGCCCUGGCCAGAGAGCUGUACCCUGGAAACUACCAGCCCAACCGGAGCCACCACUUCGUGCGCCUGCUGCAGAAGAAGGGCCGGCUGCUCCGGAUGUACACGCAGAACAUCGACGGGCUGGAGAGAAUGGCAGGGAUUCCUCCUGAGCUGCUGGUCGAGGCCCACGGCACGUUCGCCACCGCCACCUGCACCGUCUGCUGCAGGAAGUAUGAGGGCCAGGAUCUGAGGCCCGAUGUGAUGAGUGGGCGGGUCCCGCGCUGUCCCACCUGUCAUGGCGUGGUGAAGCCCGACAUCGUGUUCUUCGGAGAGGAGCUUCCACGGCAUUUCUUCAAGCACGUCACAGACUUUCCUCUGGCAGAUCUGCUGAUCGUCAUGGGCUCGUCCCUGGAGGUGGAGCCCUUCGCCAGCCUGGCAGGCGCCGUGCGGAGCUCCGUCCCUCGGCUGCUCAUCAACAGGGAGGUCGUGGGGUCGUUCGCCUGGAGCCGCCGGCCGCAGGAUGUGGUGCAGCUGGGGGACGUGGUCAGCGGCGUGCAGGCCCUGGUCGGCGCCCUGGGCUGGACCCAGGAGUUAGACCAGCUGAUGGCGGCUGCUGCUGCUGAGGCCAGUGUGGCGACGACAAAGACAGAGGAGUGAGAACGUUUCAUCAAGCUGCAGGUUUCACUUCUCAUCACGGGACUCUCUGUGCACAUUGUGGUUGGAUCCCGCUCUGACCGGAGUGGAGCUCACGUCAGAGGGACUUGAAUAAUGACCUGCUGCAGUGAAACAGACAUUUGAUCUGUCACUGAAGUCCAGGGAAGUGAAGCACAGAAGAAAGGUGUGUGACCGCAGGCCUUAUGUUUUCAGUUUGUCUGUUUGUCUCAUCUCCAUCAGCCUGACGUCUCGAUGCUUUCAGGAAAUCUUUUGUUAUUUGAUACAAUUAUUCACUUGAACUCAAGGAGGAAGUGAUUAGAACUUGGUGGUUAAAGGUCAAAUCAUGUUUUGGCCUCUUAAUGCGACUCUCAAAAAUUCUUGAGGGAAUUUAUUCAACUUUGGAUCAGUUGUCACUUCAGAGGAAGUGAUUACGUUUCAGUGGUCAAAGGUCAAAGGUCACAGUGACCUAAUAUGAAUCUGGGGGGAAAGUAUGUAGAAAUAUGUACAAGGAAACUACACUGGAUGGUGGAGGGAUACACUGGGAACAGGACGAGAACCGUUGUAGCUCCAAUAAAAUAUCUCCUCAGACCACCAUGACCUCACAAUGAAGAUGAACAAUAUUGUUUUUUAUUUAUCUGCCCCCAGUUUGUUUUAAUGUUGUGUUAAAGUGCUGCAUUAGAAGUGCAGCUGUACACUUUGUGUUGGCCUUUAUAUGGAAGAUCAUAACCACCAUGUGCGUGCGUGUAUAAUUUUUUACAUUACAGGUUCAUUAAUUCCCAAUAUCUGUCUGUGUGAUGCUGACGUCUCUGGAAUCAGAAAAUGUCCAUUUCAUCACAAACAGUAUGAAAUCUUCUGCUGCAUGGAAAUGAUCCUUUUCUCUUCAGUGUCCUUCACACUUGGUGAUGUGACUUUUACAUGUCAACAUGUCUAAAAUCAUCCAGACCUUUAUUCUGUGGAAUCAUUUGAAGUUUUAAUCAAAGUAAAGAUGCGUUUCAUCGGGUCGCCUGUUGGUGGCGUCAUAUCCCUUCUGUGCAUGUGUCCGUGUUUGUCAGUUUUAUGAUACACUUUAGACGUUGGUAGUUUUAACAUGAAGCUGCUUUAUUCACUGUGUUUACUGGAGUGACUCAGCUGUUUGUUUUAGAGGAGGAGGAGAGGUCUGAGGAGGAUUCAGAUAAAAACCUCCUGAACCAUCAACACUGAGCAGACGACUACAACUCCCAGCAUCCCUCACUGCUGCACCAUGUCAACAAACUCUGUUUGAUUGAGGGACCCCUAGUGGCAGAAAAUGACAUUCUGUGCCUCCAAGUCAAAUUCUCUCACUGAAAAAAAGGUUAUAAACUAUAUUUGAUCCGGUUGUGUGGUAUCACUGGAGCAUAGAACCUGUGGCUGCACGUUCAGACACAAGGAUCCAGGAUCAAAACAACAAUAAAAGUGACAGGCUUGCUCACAUAUUAAACAUUAGGUUAGGAAGUAAUGCUUCCGGCUGUUAAAUACAGAACAACUAUAACCCACUUCUACUCUAAGUUAUUUACAGGUUCUCUUUUAUGGUUCCUCUGCUUGGUAACUCUAAAGCUUGCUCUGUUCAGAUAUACAUUUAAUUAGGAUGCUCUGUGUUUAAACCUCAAAUCAUACAAGACAACUUCCUGGUGCGGCAGCUUGGUCUCAAACAGGGAUUUGAAGAGGACACACCCAGCCCGUAUAGAACCUCCCCUUCUCGAGUCUCCUCCCCUGUCACAGCUCAUUGUCUCCGCCCACUCCCAGUCUCAUAGAUUGGACAUUUGGCUUGAGAUUCAUAAACACUCACUUUCUCAAUAAGGUUUUUAUUUUGUAUUAUUCUACUUCCCCUCCAUAUCUCAGCACAAUGACGUGUCUGCUGGUGUCUCUGUCGUCUUCUCAUCCGUCCACAUGUACAUUUUGAAAUUGGCAUCAAACUGUGUCUCAGACAUUUUUCAUUUAAAGUAUAAAAUCCCAUCUGGGAUCGAAGCUGUUUGUUAUGAACGGAACUGAAACUGAGCUGAGCAGGUUUCAGCCACAAGUAGAAAGACGUCUUUUAUUAGAAAGGCUUCCACUGAACUCGUGGUCAUGGCACAGUCACAAACACAAACACACACUGAAAUCUGUCUAACAUCAUACAGACGUUUUAAAUCUGAUUUUCAAAAUAAAAGCCACAGUGGUCCUGUUGAGCAGGUUCGUUCUGAUGUUCUUUAUCAAUCUGAGCGGGAGUCAUAUCGAGUUUAUUCAAGUUCUGAAAUUAAAUUAAAGACAAUUGAAUGUGUUUUCAUAAUAAUCAUUUCAGAAUUAAAAUGGUAAUUUCCUGCUUUUGUAUUUUUGGUUAAACUUUUAUUAAAACCCUGUUUGUCAUUUC